AUGGCAUUCAACUUUUUGCUUUMCUUUGUUGCAUGUCAGCGGUUUUUCUCUAACUACCAAGACAGCUUUAAAGCCAGGUUCCAGUUGUAUAAAGGAUGCGGUGAAGUCUUUUGUGGUAACUGUAGCACAUACAGAAGACGUCUUUCAGUUUUUGCAACUCCAGAUAGUGAUGGUAUUCUUUACAGAGUUUGCAAACAGUGUUAUGAUGUUGGGCCCCAGACACKUGGAGCUGUCAGAACAAAGUUUAAUGAGUUUACAACAUUUAAAAAGAUGGCCCACUCAAUGAAAAAUGGCACAAGUCAACCAAGUACAYGUAGUGGAGACCAAGUCAAUUUUGAGCUAGAGUGUCAAAGGCUUGUUGAAGGGUUUAAAACCAAACUAGGUUCUUGGAAAAUAAAGAACUUUGUUACUGGWACAUUUGGAGCUGUCAAAGUUCCUGAAUGGCAGAGAUCGAAACACUGGAUUGAAAAGUCUGAACAGUGUCUUCUUUGUUACAAGACAUUUACUUUAACAGAGCUCAAGUCACAUUGCAGGGUUUGYGGUAAAGUCGUUUGCUCGUCGUGUUCAGCUGAUUUGCUUAUAGUGUACUUAGACGACAAAGACGGUGUCGUAAAAUGGUGUCUUAUUAAUAUUAUUGGUUCGCCAGAUCAAGAGCCAGCCAAAUGUCUUUACUUAAAAGUCUGUAAUUACUGUCAUGGCGAACUUGCUGAGAUUCAAGGCCGUCAUGCCAUUCAGGCACARAAGAUGGAAGUGGAUGGAAAGCCCGUCAUAGAAAAGCUUGCGGAGAUCAAUGAAUUGUUGUCGGAAAUUCAAAACAAGAUUYUGAGUACAUUACCAAAGUUUGAACAGUUGGUUGAUGCUGUAGAAGCGAAAGGGGACCUCAAGGGUUUGGUYCUUAAAGGUCAAAGUGCAACGCAAAUGGUAGCGAAAUACCACUUGGACCUAUCAGAUCUCUUUACCAAAUUCGCUGUUACUAUGCAAGGUCURAAAAAACUAAAGCCCCAAACSAAUACACAAGUUAAGUUAGCUAAAAACUUCACUUCGUCAAUGUUUUGCUUCUAUAAUGAUCACUUUCCAAUGUAUCGUUUGAGCAAGAGACGGGUUGAGGAGGUUCUGCCUCUUGAUGUCCUCGAAGGCGUUCAAAAGAUCGUCGAUGAACAAGCAAUUAACAGUGCUUAUAUAGUCAUUAAGCAACUAGGUUUUGAAGCACUUCUUUUGGUUUCUGCUCAYAARAUAGACGAGGUGAUUCCCACCGCUAUCGCRUCUUGUGAGGACAUUUGCUUAGGUGAUCUUCGAAAGCAGUUAAACAAGGAUGAUUCGGAAUGGGAGGAACAUUUACAAACAGUUAAUGAAUUGCUACAAAUUCAGCUGAAAAAACAUCGCCUCGUGAAGCCUUCUUCACGGAAAUCGAGUGCUUUUGGUGCAAAGUAUGUUCAUUGGUUUCUUCUUGAUAGAACAUUUCUCUUGUUGUCUCAGACAAUGAGACAACUGAAUGACAAAACRGCAGACAAAAAGUUUACUUCAACUAAGAAUGCCUUACAGGAAGCUCGAGGAAAGAUAGAUCAGUUAAGAGAGUAAAGUUCAARUAUGCGGCGCGGAGGAAAAGAUCGCUCAUUUUCUGUAUAGAAAAUUCUACGACUGCUUUGCAUGACGGUUGGUCAUAGCCCUUUCACUUGUAUCAAAUAARACAAAACUAAACAAUAACACAACGAUUAUGUUUUAAAAUUUUCUUUUGUGUCCAACUAGCUUGAAACGCAUUACUGUACAUAAAAAAGAUCGUUAGAAAACGGAGAAUGCACAACCGAAAGGAUUUCUGGGUAUUUAGUAUUACGUCAUCUAGUGAUGAAAGCAAAUAAUUCAAAAUUAUGUAACUAGUGCAUUUUCCAUUCUCUUACACAACUUGUUUCGUAUAAGUGCCGUAUAUAUCGAUAAAUGYUUAAUUAUAUCAGUCUUUAAGUUCCCAGAGCUUUCAGCCGAUCGUCCAUAGAUUGUUUGGGCGAAUCGUUUUUUUAGUGUAUCGGCUGUCAUGUUACUUCACAUCCAUAUAACUCCAUUCUUAAAGCUGGUCUUUUUUUCCAUUGCGUGGGUCUAAUACGCAGGUAUUUGGCUUUAAUCGGCGAAGAAAAUGCAAUCUCCCAUUCUUUGUCACAGUUUGAUAAAGCUCUGAAAGUCUA